UCGGGGCUGGGGGGGGAGCUGUCCCGGCAGCGGCGCAAGAUGGCGGCGGACAGCGAACCCGAGUCGGAGGUAUUUGAGAUCACGGACUUCACCACCGCCUCCGAGUGGGAGAGAUUUAUUUCAAAAGUAGAAGAAGUAUUGAAUGACUGGAAACUUAUUGGGAUUUCUUCAGGCAAACCUCUAGAAAAGGGAGUAUACACCACGGGAGCAUGGGAAGAGAAGUCCGAUGAAAUUUCAUUUGCAGAUUUCAGAUUCUCAAUUACCCAUCAUUAUCUUGUACAAGAACCCAGUGACAAAGAUGGGAAAGAAGAACUGGUAGAAGAUGCCCUUCCUCUGCCUAUGCAGGACUUGCUGUGCAUGAACAACGACUUUCCUCCUAGAGCUCACUGUCUGGUAAGAUGGUAUGGCUUACGUGAGUUUCUGGUGAUUGCUCCUGCUGCAAAUAACGAUGCAGUUCUCAGUGAAUCCAAAUGUAACCUUUUGCUGAGUUCCGUUUCCAUUGCAUUGGGGAACACUGGCUGUCAGGUACCUCUGUUUGUGCAAAUACAUCACAAAUGGCGGCGAAUGUAUGUUGGAGAGUGUCAGGGUCCAGGAGUUCGAACUGACUUUGAAAUGGUCCAUCUUCGCAAAGUGCCAAAUCAGUAUAUUCAUUUAUCAGGAUUACUGGACAUCUUCAAAUCCAAGAUUGGAUGCCCUUUAACACCCCUGCCUCCGGUGAGCAUGGCUAUUCGGCUUACCUACGUGCUUCAAGACUGGCAGCAGUAUUUCUGGCCCCAGCAGCCACCAGAUAUAGAUGCUCUUGUUGGGGGAGAAGUUGGAGGCCUUGAGUUUGGGAAGUUGCCGUUUGGUGCCUGUGAGGAUCCUAUUAGCGAGCUUCAUUUAGCUACCACGUGGCCUCACCUAACAGAAGGCAUAAUUGUCGACAAUGAUGUUUAUUCUGACCUGGAUCCUAUUCAAGCGCCCCAGUGGUCUGUGAGAGUCAGAAAAGCAGAUAACCCUCAGUGUCUAUUGGGUGACUUUCUUACUGAAUUCUUCAAGCUUUGCCGCCGGAAGGAGUCGACGGAUGAGAUACUUGGAAGAUCUGCAUUUGAAGAGGAAGGAAAAGAGGUUGCUGAUAUUACUCAUGCUUUGUCGAAGCUCACAGAGCCGGCACCGGUCCCAAUCCAUAAAUUGUCAGUCACAAAUAUGGUUCACAGUGCAAAGAAAAAAAUUCGCAAACACAGAGGUGUAGAUGAAUCACCUCUAAACAAUGAAGUUCUGAACACCAUUCUUCUGUUCUUAUUUCCUGAUGCUGCUGACAAGCUCAUGGAUGGAUUUGAAAGCAGAACCAGUGCUUCUGCAGGAAACAAUCCUCCGCCAGAGAAUGAAGACUAUAAUCUCUUCAGUCAGUUUAAAUCUGCUCCUUCUGAUAGUCUGACGUACAAACUAGCUUUAUGUCUUUGUAUGAUAAACUUCUACCACGGAGGAGUUAAAGGGGUGGCACACCUUUGGCAAGAAUUUGUGUUGGAAAUGCGCUACAGAUGGGAGAACAACUACCUUAUUCCAGGAUUAGCUAGUGGCCCUCCAGAUCUGAGAUGCUGUUUACUGCAUCAGAAACUUCAGAUGUUAAAUUGUUGCAUAGAAAGAAAGAAGGCAAGAGAUGAGGGGAAAAGGGGGAGCGUGUCUGAUCGCUCACCUGGUGAUACUGGCAAAGGAGCAGAACACUCUGGAGAUAACCCUGAUAAGGAAAAAGAAGUUGGCAAGUCUUGGGAAUCGUGGAGUGACAGUGAAGAGGAAUUUUUUGAAUGUCUGAGUGACACAGAAGAUCUUAAAGGAAAUGGGCAGGAUAAUGGAAAGAAAGGAGCAAAAGAAGGCAACAAAGAGCCUGUAAACUUAAAACCAGAAGGUCGCCUGCAUCCACAUGGGAAGCUGACGCUGCUGCACCCAGGAGAGCCUCUCUACAUCCCAAUAACACAGGAACCAGCACCCAUGACUGAAGAUUUGCUGGAAGAACAGUCUGAGGUACUGGCAAAACUGGGGACAUCAGCAGAAGGUGCUCAUCUUCGGGCACGCAUGCAGAGUGCCUGCUUGCUCUCAGAUAUGGAGUCUUUUAAGGCAGCUAAUCCCGGCUGUUGUCUGGAGGAUUUCGUGCGGUGGUACUCCCCUCGGGAUUACAUUGAAGAGGAAGUGGUUGAUGAGAAGGGGAAUAUAGUAAUUAAGGGGGAGCUGAGUGCCCGAAUGAAGAUUCCAAGCAACAUGUGGGUAGAGGCCUGGGAGACAGCAAAACCAGUCCCAGCUCGGAGGCAGAAGAGACUCUUCGAUGACACUAGAGAGGCAGAGAAGGUGCUUCAUUACCUUGCAGUUCAGAAACCAGCUGACCUUGCAAGGCAUCUCUUGCCUUGCAUCAUCCAUGCAGCUGUACUCAAGGUAAAGGAAGAAGAAACACUAGAAGAUAUAUCUUCAGUUAAGAAGAUUAUUAAGCAGAUAAUAUCCCAUUCCAGUAAGGUUCUACGAUUCCCAAAUCCAGAGGAAAAGAAGUUGGAAGAAAUCAUCGCUCAGAUCAUGAGUGUGGAAGCUAUCAUCGCCAGGGCCAGGUCUCUGAAAGCAAAAUUUGGGGUGGAGAAAUGUGAAAAUGAGGAGGAGAAACAAGAUCUACAAAGAUUCGUAAACUGUCUCCUGGACCAGCCGGAGGUGUCAGUUAUCGGUGCAGGAAGAGGACCUGCUGGUAGCAUCAUUCACAAGCUCUUUGUGAACGCUCAGAGGCUGACUGAAUCUUCUGAUGAGGUAACCAACUUUGUCCCUCGUUUCCUGCUCAUCUUCCCUAGCUGCAUAGACUUCAACCUUUUGGUAGAUCUAGCGCAGCAGCAGCCUGGUUUAGUUUUAAUCUGUUGUUCACAUGUUAAGCAUAAAAAUAAUUUUGUGUUUCCAGAAUGGUUUUUUCCUCAUUCACAGACUAUUUUUAGAGCCUAACAGGUAGUGAAAAGAGAGAGAAAUCUUUUUAAAAACAAAACAAAACCAAAAUAAACCAAAACCCAAACCAACCAAGCAAAAAAAACAUUUCUUCAAGUGACUGUUAACAUUUUCUGAUGCUGAAAUAUGUGGCCUUGCCUUUAUAUUCUUCUUUCUUGCUGUCACUGUGUUUUGUGUAUUGAACAGCCAGAUGUUUGGGGGAUCAGGUAGAGAUGGACAGUCCCUGAAUGUCACAGUCCUGCACACCAGAUCUUACUGACACCACUGAGUGUUCUGGACAGAGAUAGAGAGAGAUUUGAGGAAGAACUGGGGUAACUACGUGAAGAAGUGUGGCAACUGGGAGAACCCUCUCUGGUUUCCUAGAACUGCUCUUGUGGGAACAAGUGGCACUUGUCCCUGGUGAUGUUUCCUGUGGUGCAAGUCCCUGCUCCUGGGCAGAGGGGUGGGAGCAGUGGGGCAGCUGAGGG